ACAUUUAUAUUUAUUUCCUACAGUUCAAUUAAAAGAAAAGUUGUCCAAGUAAAACACUGUACUGAUAAAAUCGGUGCAUCCAUGACUUCUACAUUGCAUUGAACUGAAUUUUUAUUAAAUUUUUUUCCACUAGGUGGCACACAUGAGUUUGAUUUCAGGACAUCAGCGGGAGUUUUUGCAGGAAACUGGAAUAAGCGUCAGUUCAUUGGGUUAUCGUGUCAGCCUGAUCAUCUUCCUGGCAACUGAAUUAGUGUGGAAUUCUUAAUUUCAUAAACACGAUAGAAACUAAUCUUGAUUCAUGCAAAUACAAAAAAAAAAAAAAAUGAAUAAAUAAAUAAAUAAAUUAAAUUUAAGAAAAAAAUAAAUAUAAGUAAAUGUAUAACUUUAGAUGUAUUUGUCAAGCAUUAAUGGCUCUCUCUUGAUUCAUUUGUUUUAUUUUAUUAACUUAUUUUUUGUAUAAAACAAAAUACUACAGGCUACAUCUAUUUCAUUAAAGGUAAUGUAAUAAAUCACGACACCAACAGUCUUGACAGGGAAAAAAAACAAUUGGUUAUCCUUAAAAUUAAUUUGAUAAUUUUGUAAAUCAUUUUUUUUUCUCAAAAGCGAGUUUUAGCAGUAAUAGUAAUAAACCAAAUCUAUUUAAAUAAAACAUGAACAUUAUUACAUGAAACAUGAAGUUAAACAUUAACCGUAUUACAAAUGUUGUAGCCUACAUUGCCAAUUCAACAUAUAAGAACACCAUAUCCUGUAAUCAAAGGCGCACAUUAAACGAGUGCGGCAAGCGCGCGCACGCACGCACACACACACACACACACACCAUAUAACUUAAGCAGACAUACUGUACACACACACACACACACGCUCAAGAGCAAACACACUCCUUCACUCCUAAGCACACGGCAAAAAUGCCAGGAGAGCCGAAUUCACUAAAUCAUCAUCAUCGUGCAAAUUGCCCUGAGGUUAGUUUCCUGACCGAGAGGACUGCAUGGCUCCCAGGACUCCUCACGCGCGUCAUUAUAAUAAUUUACUUCUCUUAUUUGAGAAACACUUUUGCACAUCCUCAGUGUUUGGACUACCAGCCACCUUUCAAACCCCCUUACCACCUCGAGUUUUGUAGGCACUAUGAGAAAUUUGGUUGUUGUGACCAAAAAACGGACAACAAUAUUGCAACGAGAUACUGGGAUAUAAUGGACCUGAUUGGUGAAGAAGAGUAUGCAGUGUGCGGGGAUUUGGUAAAAGAUAUCAUGUGUCAGGAGUGUUCUCCUUACGCUGCGCACUUGUUUGAUGCCGAAGACCCAUACACUCCAGUGCGCCACCUACCAGGACUGUGCUUCACUUACUGCUCAGACUUCCACAGCAAGUGCCAUUCUGUAGUAAAGUACCUAACCAACAGCCGGACCCUGCAGGAGACGUGUGAGAAAGACCGCUCUCAUUUCUGUAACCUCAUUAACCUUCCUGACCAAGACUACUGCUAUCCAAACGUCGUGAGGAACAAUGACUUGUACAGCAAUCUGGGCAAAGUGGUGGAGGACACCAAAGGCUGCCUGCAGCUGUGCUUGACAGAAGUGGCCAAUGGGCUGAGGAACCCCGUGCUGAUGGUCCACAGCGGAGAUGACACCCACCGCAUGUUCGUGGCAGAGCAGAUAGGCUUUGUAUGGGUGUAUCUGAGAGAUGGCAGCCGCUUGGAGCAGCCCUUUCUGGACAUCAGCGGGGAGGUGUUGACCACACCGUGGCUGGGAGAUGAAAGAGGUUUUCUGGGUCUCGCCUUCCAUCCGAAGUACAGAAACAAUGGCCGCUUCUUCAUCUACUACUCCAUUCUGAUCAACAGCAAACUGGAGAAAGUUCGCAUCAGCGAGAUGAAGGUCUCAGCUCAUGACAUGAACAUGGCAGACCCCCACUCAGAGAGAGUUCUUCUUGAAAUUGAGGAGCCUGCAGCAAACCAUAAUGGUGGCCAGCUUCUGUUUGGUCUAGAUGGAUAUCUGUACAUCUUUACAGGAGACGGUGGAAAAGCAGGAGACCCUUUUGGGAAGUUUGGAAAUUCUCAAAACAGAUCAGCAUUGUUAGGAAAAGCGCUUCGGAUUGAUGUGGAUGGUAGCAUUGUAGAUGGAAAGCCCUAUAAGAUUCCUCCAGACAAUCCCUUUCUCGGAGAGCCUGAUGCAAAGCCAGAAGUCUAUGCCUAUGGUGUGAGGAAUAUGUGGCGCUGCUCAGUGGAUCGAGGUGAUCCGCUCACCCGUUACGGCAGAGGGAGAAUCUUCUGUGGCGACGUGGGUCAGAAUCGAUAUGAGGAGGUUGAUAUCAUUGUGAAGGGAGGAAACUAUGGAUGGAGGGCCAAAGAAGGCUUUGAAUGCUUUGAUAUGAAACUGUGCCAGAACUCUUCUCUAGAUGACAUUCUUCCAAUAUUUGCCUAUGGACACCAUGUUGGGAAAUCCGUAACUGGAGGUUAUGUGUAUAGAGGAUGCGAAUCACCCAACCUCAAUGGUCUUUAUAUUUUUGGAGACUUUAUGAGUGGACGACUAAUGGCUCUGGAGGAGGAUAAGAAAACUGGGAGUUGGAAGGAAAAGAAUGUGUGCAUGGGUGACACUUCAACCUGUGCUUUUCCUGGGCUUAUAAAUCAUCACCACAAGUUCAUCAUCUCAUUUGCUGAGGAUGAAGCGGGAGAGCUUUAUUUUCUAGCAACCUCCUAUCCAAGUGCAAUGUCCCCCUUUGGCACACUUUACAAAUUCGUGGACCCAUCCAGGAGGGCACCUCCAGGAAAAUGCAAAUAUAAGCCACUUCCAGUAAAGGUCAGAGGGAAGAAAGUGCCAUUCACACCCAGAGAAUUGACUGUUCUUGGCAUAAGCGAAACACCUACAAGAUCACCACUGGAAAAGAUCAUACUACCCACUAAACCACCGGGCACGCGCCAGCCCGUAAUGGCCAAAGCCUCCACAUCUGCACCAAAGAAAAAACUGCCGGGCCAAACCACCACAGCAAAACUGCGCCAAGACAAGUCAAAAAAGACAACACAGUCAAAGGAGAAGCAAAUAAAUGUGAGCACAAAAACACUCAAGAAAGCUCCUCCUCACAAGAAGUCAAUGUUACAAACCAAGAAAGACAUAAAAGUCACAGGAAAGCCAUCUCACAAUCCCAAACUGCCCAUAAAAGGAGCCCAGGAAAGAAAGAAACCCAAACCAUUCAAACCAACGAAACCAAAAGAGGUGAAAAAGCCUAAUGUCUGGCUACAAAAGGCUAAAAAGACUGGAAAAGAGGUGAAGAAACCUGUGAAGAGCAAGCCAAAGACAACUGUUUCUAAGAAACAAGACGCCAACAAAAAGGCUAAAAAAAGCCCUCUCGCAAAAAAGAGAAAACUGUUUUAAUAAGCCGUGUGUGGUGUAGUAAUUAGGUCAGUCAGAUGUGUGAUGACAGAGACCAAAGAGAAAACCACAACAGUCUUGCGCCAACAGUUGAUUUUGUUUAACAUGCAACACAUGCAGGAGCAUUCUUCAAAUGUUGAUCUUAUUUUUGGAAUGUGGUUAAGUAAUUAGUUUGGGCAAUGAUUUUUAUUUUAGAUCAAAACUAAAAUUAUAAGGAGAAAUUCGGAAUAAAAACAGAAGAAUGCUUUUGAAAGACUUUUUUAAACAUAACUCUUUGAAAUUAAAAUACAUUCCAUUGUAAAAUGUGCUAAUUUUAUGACAUACCUAAGAAAGUCCAAAAUACACAUUUUAAAAUGUAAAACCAAAGUGGCAUUGCUUUUCCUUUAAUAGACAUAGACAGAAGACAAACCUAUAUCUAAUGCAUGAUACUUAUUUUCUUUUUUUGGUGCAAGUAAAAAUGGUUCAUUCAAUUAAUGUGUUUUGGCUUGUUUACAGUAAAAUUCCAUUGAAUGCAGUUUCAAACCAAGUCUAUGAAGGUGUAAAUUAAGUACUUGUUCCACCUUUAGUGUUCGCAGUACUAGGCAACUAGAAAAGUAAUAUCACAUACUUAUAGAAGGACCACUAUUGCUGAACAGGUUAAAAAAUGUGUUCCAUCAAAAUAGAAAAUAUUAAAAUACACAAUUUUGCAAUGUGACUUUUGUUGAAUUAAACAUUUGAAUUAUGCAAGUUAGUGAUAUUAUGCACAUACUUGCAUAUUAUUGCAUAAGUAAUACACUCUUAAUUGGAAAAUGUUACAACUUUUGAUGAUGUACACCUCAGCUUUUGCUUACUGUUAUUUCACAAAACAAUAAAUUAAUUUCAAGUG